UCAAGUCGACUCUCUCAAAGUGGCAUCACUGCCAAAGAUCACAUGAGAUGAGACGUCUGUGAGGCUAAACAUGAGACCCGUGAGACUGUCACAAAAUAUACGAUCACCAGCAGAUAUAAAAUGUAGACAGCGAUGUGACGGACAUCGGAGGAAUCGAGUACCCGAUUCCCCCGGCACACCCCACGAUGGCCGGCCGAUUUCGCCCACAGCUGAUGUGGCAGGAUGCCACACCCACCUUUUGUGUGGGGUGGCUGCCAUGUACGGAUGCGAAGAAGAUAUUGUCGGGAUCCGUCUCGUCGAGCCAUAACUUGAAAGACUCCUCUUGCAGCGUCAGGCCCUGCGCACUUACAAAGCGACCGGAGGGCGGUGCGAACGACACCUGCAGACAGACAUUAAUCACAGCAACGCAAAGACAGAGACAGGUACAGUGAGGGUCAUUUGAGCUCACCGUCCUCAUGCGUCUGCGGACGUUUCGGACGAUGACCUCGGUGCCAUUGCCGUGGUGGACGUCGAAGUCCACAAUGGCGACUCGCUCCACCCCUUCACACACGGAUACAUCCGAAAUCGAUGGGAAUGUGGCUUGUUGUGCCUGUGGUCUGCUAGCUUGCUUACCUUCCCUCCAAUAUCGUGCUCGAGCGUGAGCCGCCCCAAUCGCCACAUUGUUAAGGAGGCAAAAGCCCUGGCUGCCAACACUGUGAGACACACGGACAGCACAAACAUCCAUCUAUGUGCCGUGCACGUUGUCUUUCUGUGAGUGUAUGUAUGCCAGGUUGCCGUGGUAGUCCUGACACACAGAACACAACACAACACAACCUCAUCUGAUCUGCCGCAUCCAUGCACUUCGUAAUCAUACCGGUACGUUGGCCUCGACGUGCUUCAUUCAGCGACCUGCGGUGCAGGACGGUACAUCCGUUGAAGUCUCGGGCGUUGCACAAGGGGCUGGGGUGCUCGAAAGCAACCAACAACUGUAGGCACUUCAACACAUCCCCGCGGCACUCCUCGAGCCCUGACAGAUACAUACACAGAUACGUGCACCCAGGCCAUCCAUGCUCAUUCAUGGCCUCCCCUCCCUCCCUCUCUCCCUCCUUUCCUCGCUGCCUCCCCUACUGACGCACCAGCUUGCGCCAUGGCGAGUGUGAUGGUGGGGAUGCCGUUAUACCCUCCUCGCAAGCUCAGCGGGUCGUCAUUGAUGAAGAAUCCCAUCUUGCCCUUGCCCUUGCCCUUCCCCACGCCGCCGCCACUGACGGGCUGGGCCGCUUGGCCCUUCGCUGCCUCCAUCAGGGCCCGCAGAAACGUGGGCUUAGCGUGCAACAAGCAGAGCUUGGCCGGCGACAGCUCCACGCCAUUCCCUCCCCCACGCGCACCGCCCAUACCUGCAAACAAACAAAGACCCAUCUUCAUGAGUCGUGGAGUGCUUUUUUCGCUUACACACCGUUCUGGUAAUAGGGAAGAGCCAGCGCCCUCUUGAAGGCCUGGAUGGGUGCGUCGAAGUAGAUCAUGUCGUUGAGUUCCCAUCCGUCGAAUGCGGCCAGCUCCUCUUGCUCGUCAUUGGCGUCCUUGCGCCGAGCGAUGGCGGCUGAGAUGCCCGUGGCCUCGCUGCCUUGCUGCCUUCGGGCGAAGGAAGGGAAGAGAGGGCCGCUCCAAGUUCAACACCUUCUAUCAAAAAACAGUUGGCCCGCAGUCUCUGAUAUCGCGAUGAAUCUCGACCGUCCCGCACUCCGUUUCGGUCAGAAUUUUCCUGCGCGGACAU